AUGAACCGCGACGCUGACUUGGACGUGGCGGCGCCGCACAACAAUGCCCACGAGCUACCACUGGCGCAAAUGCUUCACGACUUUGGAGAGAAGCAGCACCUGAGGCCGCUCUACCUUGAGUUCAUGACCGUGGCGGUGCAACAAAGUCCCCAGCACAAGACCACGGAGAGCUCACGUCGCCGAAGCCACCAAAGCCGCCCCCCGUUGAUGUCCAAUUUCAAACCCAAGUUACCAUUGCCGUUGCCGUUGCCGCUGGAGCUGGCAUUGAGAUUAGACUAG